AUGACCAAUCCGGCUCCACUACACCCUCGCUCCGGCACUGUUAAAACCGCCUCGGGCCCUACCACUAUCCUAGCAUACCGUGACUGUCCGUACAACUGCAGCGGCGCAGAGCUCAUCAACAUGGCAACAGCGGCCAACUAUGCAGGCCCUUAUGCAAGAAUUCACCCUGCGAAACCGAUCUUCUCCGAGGCAAGCGAAGUCCCCUUCAUCUGGGCAGACAAGUACGGCAACUUCCACAUGCUGGUCCACCUUUUUCUUCCCGAUGCAGGCUUCGGCGACGGGCCUAAUGUAGGGCGCCACGCGUAUGCGAGAUCCUGGAGCGGGCCCUGGACGUUUAACAAGGACACGGUUGCAUGCAAUACGACUUUUGAUUUUGAUGACAGUCCUGCUAUUGGUAAGUAUCGGAGGGAGCGGCCAAAUAUCUUCUUUAGUGAGGAUGGGGAGAUGAGGCCCCUGUUUCUUUCGACGGGGUUGCAGGAGAUGGAUUCGCCGUCGAGCUAUUCUCUUAUUCCGCCAAUUGGAGCCGGUCAAUAA